GUGAGUGUCGAGUUACUUGCCAACAGCACUGUUGAAAUCAGCUGAUUGUCCAAAAACGUAAACAAUAACAAUUCGGUGAAAUCUUUCGAGGAAAACUGGAUUUUAUAACAGAAAAGUAGUGAAAAUGGGUAGAAAUUAUUAUUGUGAAUAUUGCGACAAGCGAAUGAAGUGUAGUGUGAGCAUAAGGAAGAGCCAUAAUGAGGGUUUGCCGCAUAAAAUUGCAAAAGCGGAAUACAUGGCCAGAUUCAAAGAUCCACGGGAUAUCCUAGCAGAAGAACGGAAAAAGACACCAUGUUCUCGUUUUUUAACCGGCAAGGAAUGCAAAUUUGGUAUGUUCUGUCAUUUUAGUCACUAUAGAAUGGACCAACUAAAAGAAUUAGAGAGAAUAGAGAAAAUGGUAAAACAACCACCGAAAACCGAACAAAUCCAAAUAGAGAAAAAGAAUACUGAUCACAAAUUUCCAUGGAAAUAUCCCCAUGAGAAAGUACAGAAUAAAAGCUUACCACCAUCAUUGCAGCCAUACGAUAUUGAGAAAUGUUUUUCGAUUACCAAUGACACCAAAAACAGAUGGGGUUGAAGCAGUGUAUGGAACUAAAUUCUAUUUAUUUCAUCUUGAAUUGUAAGAGAACCU